UCCAACAAAGUCCCCGAGUCACCUUCCGUGUGAUGAAACGGAAGUAUGCUCACGGCUGUAGGAUUAGAGACGUUCAGGGCAUUUUCGAGAAACUCACGCCUUGCAGUUCACAUGGCACAAUUAGUAAAACCUACGUUGUACCUCUUGAUAUUUUGUUUAGUUCAACAUGCGUAAAACGCGUGCACAAGGACACGGGCGCAAAUGAACGCUUCAUUGCACCGGACAAAUGGAUUAAUUCUGCGCUGGCGGAUGGUCAAUGGAAGCCAGUGGAAAACGCUGUACAUUUGAUCUCAAGAAAGUGCAGCCUUUUAUUAAGCACAACGAAUGCAUCGCAGAGCAUUUCGUUCAGAGAAGGUAUCAUAGAGUAGCAAAUCCUUUUUGGGAGACUGUUCAGCAACUGUUUGGCUAUUUGAUCUUAUGCGCGCAAGUAUCGCGCUAACUUAUUACAUCAAAUGGAUUCAUUAUUUAAUUGUCUUCAACAGUCUCAGUUUGAUGUGCAUGGUUGGCUACAUUUGAAAGAGGUGUGAUGGUGGAUUAGAAUAAUUGGACGGACACUUACUGUUAAAACACGUGUGUGCGUAAUUGAACAGAGGAAUUGAUAACGAAAACCGGCAGUGGCCUUUCUCUGUGCUUGGGGAGAAUCGGAGUGGGGGACACGCAGACGAUUUAAUGUUUGCCACAAUAUUGGUUUAUUCCCAUUGACGUAAACAAGAACAUACAACUCUGUAAUAUUAAGUUAUAAUUACUCUCAAAUUUCAAUACGUAAAAUGUGAAUUAUGUAUGCAAAUAAGGAAGACCUGAAGUUUGUUCUAUUCCAAAGAGCUUUCAUUGACGUUGACUGCCAUUCCAAUUUCCUUCAAACGCACGUCCUUCACCGGCAGACCUAUUUCAUCACUUACACAUUUUAUUUGCUGUCAGUGAGUGGAUACCAAUUUUGCACAAUAGGAGCAACAUUUAAUAGAAACAUUUAAUCUAGUCUAUCGUCAUUGCAUCUAUUUACAAAGGCAACCGUAGGCUAUGUCUAAAUGCGGGUUUAAAGACCCCUAUUCCAAAGCAGUCGAGCAAAUGGCUUCAUUCCCUGACUCCGACUUGAAGACAUGCCCCCUAUGCAAAGAACUGUGCCGCUCCUCUGCUCCGCUCUCCUCCAACUCGUCUACCUCCUCGUCCUCGUCUCAUACCUCAACUAGCUCAUCUACCUCAUCCUCCAGAAGGCUCCACGUCCUCCCAUGCCUCCAUGCCUUCUGCAGGCAGUGUCUGGAGGACCAGCGGAACCCCGGAGACCCCUUGAAACUCCGGUGCCCGACCUGUGACCAAAAGGUUCUAAUGCCCGUAUCAGGAGUAGACGCCUUGCCCUCGUCAAACUUUUUAUUUAGCAACAUGUUGGAUGCCGUGGUAAAUUCGUCUGAGGAGCAAAUCAACAAUACUGUUAGCAGCAGGGGCAACAACUUGUCUCACAGACAUAGCAGAGCGCCCCUGUGCAGCUCUUGCAACGAGGGCAACCCCGCUACCUCUCACUGCCGAGACUGCCAGGAGUACCUUUGUAACAACUGUGUAUGGGCACACCAGAGGGUCCGGCUUACCAAAGACCAUUUCAUUGAUGGACUAAUGGAGAGUCUGUUUCACCAGCACCUGGGGAACCGAACCAACAACUCUAACACUCCUACUGCCACUCUGAGCCGGUCGAGCUACUCUCUGCUGCCUGUCUUUCAGGACAGGCUGAGUUUCUGCCAGGAGCAUGACAAUGCGGUUCUGCAUUUCUUCUGUGAUACGUGCUCCGUGCCUGUCUGUAGGGAGGGCAGUGUGGGUUGUCACUUGGGCCACAGCCUCCGCUACCUCCAGGAUUCCCUGCAGGACUCCAGGACCCUCACCAUCCAGCUGCUGGCAGACACCCAGCGGGGCAGGCACACUGUACAUCUGAGCAUUGAGAAAGCCCAGGCCGUUGCCGAGCAGGUGGAACUGAAGGCCAUGGUGGUCCAGUCAGAGGUCAAAGCCAUCACAGAGCGUCAUAAGAAGGCCCUGGAGGAACGAGAAUGUGAACUGCUGUGGAAAGUUGAGAAGAUCCGUCAGGGGAAAGCCAAGUCCCUCUAUCUCCAGUUAGAGAAGCUGCACCAGAACCUGACCAAGCUGGACAGCACCAUCGCUACAGUAACCCAGGUCCUAGAGAAUGGCAGUAGUCUGGACCUGCUGCUGGCCAGAGAGAGCAUGCUCCUCCAGAUCACAGAGCUUAAGGCCCUCAGGGAGCUGUUACUACCGCAGGAUGAUGAUCGCAUCCUGUUCACCGCCCCUGACCAGACCUUGCUCCUCGCCAUCCAGUCCCUAGGUCUGGUCAGCUCUGGGGCCUUCGCCCCCCUCACCAAGGCCCAGGGAGAAGGGCUAUGUCGGGGAUUGCAGGGUAAGCAGGCUUCCUUCACUGUGGUGGGGUAUGAUCAUGAUGGAGAGCCCAGGUUGUCUGGGGGGGACGGUGUGUCAGCUGUGGUGGUGGCGCCAGAUGGUAACCUGCUAAACGCUGAGGUGUCCGACCAUCAGAACGGGUUGUACACGGUCAGCUACCUGCCCAAGGUAGAAGGAGAACAUCUGGUGUCAGUCCUUAUCUGCAACCAGCACAUCGAAGGCAGCCCCUUUAAAGCGCUGGUCAAGUCUGGCCGUAGCUAUGGAGGUAUCCCUUUGACGGUGGCCUCGUUCGGCAGGGAGGGGGACGGAGACGGGCAGCUGUGUCGCCCCUGGGGGGUGUGUGUGGACAAAGAGGGCUACAUAAUCGUAGCUGACCGAAGCAACAACAGGGUGCAGAUCUUCAAGCCGUGCGGUUCCUUCCACCACAAGUUUGGUAUGCUGGGCUCCAGACCAGGCCAGUUGGACCGACCAGCUGGGGUGGCCUGCGACAGCCAGAGGAGAAUCAUCGUUGCCGACAAGGAUAAUCACCGCAUCCAGAUCUUCACCUUUGAAGGCCGGUUCCUCCUCAAGUUCGGGGAGAAGGGAACCAAGACCGGUCAGUUCAGCUACCCCUGGGAUGUGGCGGUCAGCUCGGAGGGAAAGAUCCUCGUCUCAGACACCCGGAACCACCGCAUCCAGCUCUUCAGGCAGGACGGCACCUUCCUCAACAAGUACGGCUUUGAGGGGGCUCUAUGGAAACACUUGGACUCCCCCAGGGGUGUGGCCUUUACUCAGGAGGACCACCUGGUGGUGACAGACUUCAACAACCACCGUCUGCUGAUCAUCCGGUCGGACUGCCAGUCGGCCCACUUCCUGGGAUCAGAGGGAACCGGUAACGGUCAGUUCCUGCGACCGCAGGGCGUAGCAGUGGACCAGGAGGACCGCAUCGUGGUGGCUGACUCCCGGAACCACCGGAUCCAGGUGUUCCAAACCAAUGGUAAUUUCUUAUGCAAGUUGGGGACUCAGGGUAGCAGCUUUGGACAGAUGGAUCGCCCGUCGGGUAUAGCUGUUACUCCAGACGGAAGGAUUGUUGCCGUGGACUUUGGAAACAACCGAAUCAUUAUGUUCUAGGCUAGGCAGUUUGUCUACUGGUUUGCAAAGAAAUAAACAUUGAAGAGGAGAUUUUGAAACACACCCAUCAGAUGCAAAUGUCUUUGUGAGCAAAUGGAGACAGUAAUAUUGAAACUUGACCUUUUCUCUCAGUUAUUACCUCUAUUUUGAAAGAGCAAAUCAAUGCAGUACAUGAACCAAUGCCAACAUGGGGUUAUUGUCAUAAGCUGACAUUUUGAACCCUAUCGUAGGCCUUCUGUGACAGUAUCUGGCACGAUAGUUGUCUUUGCUCCUGAUGUGUGUGUCAAAAUCUCUGAUUUUCUCAGGGAAUUUCUUGCAUUCUUGAAAGAUUUCCACUGCAUCAUACCUACCUCAUGUAGCUGUGUAUGAAUGUACUCCUUUAUUAUUUGAUGCAGAGAUUUCGCCAGUGGAGUUUUGAUGAAGUAACUACCUCAAUGCAAAAGAAAAGUGUAUAUAGUUAACAUGAAGCAACAUUUGGUUGAUAUUUGCACAGAAAGUGCGCACACAUUUUCUCUAAUUGUUACUGUGCACAUAAAGCGUGUGAAAUCCCAGAAUGUUGCUGAGAACAAUGUAUAAUAAUGACUGUGUUACAUACAUGUGGAGUCAAACUCAGCAACUGUUAUUUUUCCAUUUUGUUUUUGAAUAUGCCUCCAUACCUCUGUAAAACCUUUUUACCUCAUGUCACGACCACAUAGUACCUCAGAACUCCAGUGUCCUCAGGUCGAUAGUAUGGCCAAGUCCCAAAUGGCACCCUAUUCCCUAAAUAGUGCACUAGUUUUUACCGGAGCGCUAUGGACCCUGAUCUAAAGUAGUGCACUAAAUAGCGAAUAGGUUGUAAUCUGAGACUCUAAAAUGGAUUCUCUCCACAAAAUGGCUGCUGACAGUUUGCUAUAGGCAGGUUGAAUAUUUGAUAUCAGUGACCAUUGUCGUUCAGUCAGUCGUGAUUUCAGUUAAAGGGAAAAAACAUUUCAUAAGGAAUUGACCACCUUGAAUUGGGUGAAUCAUCAGAAAGUUAACCCACUGGUGUGGGUUAUUGUUUUAUCCUGGUGGCAAAUAAAAUAAUUUUUAAAAGUAAAACUGACCAGUAAAUUAAGUGACAGCAUUGAUGUUGAUCUCCAUUGCCUCCAUAGUAUUUUCAAUAGAUAUUCUCCAUAGUAACCCCUAGCUGCUGGUCAGUUGCCUGAUGACCCACUCAUGUAGCCUACAGAUGGCUGAGUAACCAAAGCAAAAGGCUCCACAUAAUUAGAAUUCCAUCAGCUGCUGCUCCCACACCCACAUUCACCCUGCUCUGAACUGUGAUGGCAGUGAGUCGGUUGGUCACAUUAGACAUUGUAAUUUCAGUCAGCACAGCAGUUCCUCUCUAUUGUACCUCCGUCUGAGAGAACAUAACCAGGUCAUUCAUGGUUCCACAGUGGCUAUUAACUACUGCACAUCAAGAACCAGUAAAAAUGCAAAUGUUAAAAAUGAAUUAGUUUUUUUCCCCCACUAUCCUGCCCUGUGUUAUAAGCUAUCUGUUCAUAGCUAUUAAUAUUGUGCUUAUAGCUUUAACUGUUAAAGCCAAGUCCCAGCCUCUCCUCCCUGUGUCUCUGACUGCGUCUAAUGGGCCAGUAUUUCCUGUCUGUUGAGCCACAUUGCCACAAAUGCUGGUUUACGAGGAGAGCUCGGUUCUUUUCCAAAUGGCACACUAAUCCCUAUAUAGUGCACUACUUUUGACCAGAGCUUUAUGAGCCCUGGUCAGUAGUAGUGCACUAAAUAGGGACUAGGUAGCCAUUUGGCACACCGCACUCUGUGAGUUGGUGAUGCACCAUAGCUGUCGGUCUCCAGCUGCUCUAACCCCCAGAAGAGUUGGAAGGCAUGCCAGACACACCUCAUAUCUCCUUUACCUUAAUAAUCACAGCUGGGUGUACAGGGGGACCAGUGAGACGUUGGGCUCCAGACACUGCUUACUCAGUUACAUCCUCUUAAAGAUUGAAUCAAAAUGGCCACUUUUUAGAUAUUGAGUUUCCAGGUGUUUUAGUGAAUUAUUCACAUUGACACUGUUCCAGUGUUGUAGCUUCUGCCUUUUGUUAUACAGGAGAUAAAUUACACUUUCUGGGCCAGUUGUGACCAGCAGGAAAGGCAUUGUGAUGACAACAAACAGUGUAAAUGGACUAUUUGAAGUAAUAAAUAUAACUCUUAUAAAAAUGGCUCACCAUCACUGUCAUUUAGUUUUUCAGUAUUUAAUUUUGUCCUUGCUGGUGUGACCCCUGGAAUAUAAAAAAAAAAAUUAACCAGGCAAGUCGGUUAAGAACAAAUUGUUAUUUACAAUGACAACCCACUGUUCCCCGGUAGGCCAACUGCCUUGUCCAGGGGCAAAACGACAGAUUUGUACCUUGUCAGCUCAGGGAUUCGAUAAUGCAACCUUUUGGUUACUGGUCCAACGCUCUAACCACUAGGCUACCUGCCACCCCAUAUAUAUACCUCAUUAUACAGAAAGAUAUAGGUAUAAUGUACAUCUUUACCUCAGUAUUACUGAGCUACGCCUUUUACCUCAUUGCUGAACUGUUAAUACCUCGUUGGCAUGGUUGCAUUUUUCAAACCUCAGUUGAAUUUCAGUUAGAUGUGUGGUCUUAUAGUGUACUGUUACACUAGAGAAUGGAAAGGGAAGGCUUGAAGAAGUUAUGAACAGUUUGAUCAAGUAGAUUAAACCGAGGACAAUGCUGCUUCAAAUCCACACUGAUCUGAUGUAUUUUCAGUACAUUGUUGGUUCCUAUAUUGUUCCUAUAGUUUGAACUUAAGUUUGCAGUGAAUGUUUCUUAAAAUACCUCAAGGUCUUGACACUUAGAAGACAAGACUUGUAUAUUUUCAUUUUAAUGCAUGAUUCAAAAAGUAAUUGUGGGAAAGAUUUCACUGCUUUUUAAUUAUUUUAGGGUUAUAUACAGUUAUAGUAUGUUAGGUUGAGGAGGAUGGCUUCCUUUGACUAUAAGAUUGUGUCUAUUUUCUGAAUAGCCUUACUGGGCCCAAUCAAGUUACCUCAUGAUGAUGUCAAACAACAAGAGUUCAAACAGAAAUACAUUUGCCUUAAGUAUUUCAGUAGGACCCUCAUUAGCUACUGCUAAAGCAGUACAUAACACUAUACUAGUAGAGGACAUUCAACAUGUACUCUGUCUAUACUUCCACAGUUGGAAGUAUCACAAUUAAUCAAGAAAACUACCAAGGGCUUAAAGUAAAUGUAACCUUUGUUGAACUUUGUUAUUUACCUGUUUCUGUAUCUGCUGUUUGUUUUUUAUUGUCAGGUUGCAAAAUUCUGGUAACUUCACAGGUUUUCAAGAAUUCCAGGUUGGAGGAUUCCUAGAAUCAGGAGUGGAUAAAGAGGGAGGGAAUCUUCCAAAUGGCAUUUCUGGGAAUUGGGGGAAAGUUUCUUUGCAACCCUAGCCGCAAGUAUACUUUGGGCUCCAUUCGAUCCGUAUGGUGGAAAUUCAGCACUGUAGAGAAAUUAAAGGCAACGUUCCCACAUUUCGUGGAGACUGCAUUCACGGUUAACGCUGCAUAUGUCGACUCAAAUCAGAAAUGUCCUUUUUACAUUUUAAUUGCACUAUAGCGCUGAACUUCGAUACAGAUUAAAUCGAGCCUCAGUCUAUCCAGACUAUCAGAAAUGCUCUGUGUACAGUCAUCCACAGUAACUUAUCUGGGUGAUCAUUAUGGGAGGAUUCCAGCAUUAGUACUUUUCCUCUCAUGGAGAUAAACAACAGAAGCCUAUCAGUUCAUAAGAACAUGGUCUUAGACUAAUGUGAUCAUGUAGUCAAUUUAAGUUGAACUCCGGUAGGUAUAAUGCUAGUGUUCCACGUUUUGAAAAACUGUCAAUAAGCAGCUUUUACCUAUUCUGAUGAAAACAUUUUUUUUCAAAAUGACAUAAGAUCCAACUUUAAAAUGCUUAAUCAGAUAAUUUUUGAUGGAAAAAAAUACUGAUUAUGAGGGAGUGGACUCAAACAGAUUUGUUUUACUUUUCCAAUGUAUAAUUUUUGUUGGAGUGUGUCUCAGUAUGUGGGGAAAAAUGUCUCAAGGAAAAAAUAUUCUGAAUUGUCACAAUUCUAUGGCGUUGUGAAAUAUACAUUAUACUGUCAGAUGUCUCUGAUCCUGAUCCCAGUCAGGCCAUUUCAGCAUGGUGAAUGGGGUUUAUUAAUCAUUUGAUACUUUAGGCCAUUUACUCUGGAAUUGUGUUGAACCCCAAAAAAAAAUCACUGUAUGAAAAACAUUGAGGUCGUUUGACCCUUUUGUGGGGUUUAUAUAACCUGGAGUCAAGCCUAAAUAUUGUGCUGUUUCAUUUGAAGUGAAAUGGAAGGAUGCUCCAUAUGGAUUCCACUUAUGAGUGUUUGAAAGGGAUAGCAGUGAGAUUAGGGGACUCUAAAAGAGUUCUUCCAAUACUCCCUCCUUCCCUAUACCCUUUAGUGACUGGUUGGAAGUGUUGGUGUGAGCCCUAAAUGCCACCCUGUUCCCUAGAGCACAGGUGUUAAACUCAUUCCAUGGAGGGCUGUUUGUUUUCACUUCUUCCUUGUACUUGAUUGAGGAAUUUAGGUCACCUGGUUGUCUUAUGUUUUAGCAGACGCUCUUAUCCAGAGCGAUGUGCAGUACUCUUCUGUACUGGUCCCCCGUGGGAAUGGAUCCCACAACCCCGGUGUUGCUAGUGCCAUGCUCUACCAACUAGACACACGGAACCUGGGUUGUCUAGGUCUUAAUUGAAAGGAAAAACCAAAAACCUGCAGACACGACUAGGACAUCCAUGGAAUGAGUGACACCCCUGCCCUAUAGAGGGCACUACUUUUAACUAGUCCUAUCAAAAGUUGUGCAUUUUAUUGGGACUAGGGUGCAAUUUGGGACUCAGGAAGAAGCAUUCUGAAGGAUGUUAGGCAACUGUUAACCUGCCGUCUGCUUCUCGUCUAUAUGGACUUAACAUUUCCUAUGCAGUUUGGGAUUUCAAUAAAAUGGGAUUCUUGUAUCCAACAUCCA